AAAGAAAAAAAUUUAAAAAAAAAAAAAAAAAAACUCAACUCUAUUGUGAAAUUUGAACUCAUGUCACGGUGACAUAAAAAGAGCAAUACAGGGAGCACAUAGUUGUCUGCGUAUCCAAUGGCGACGGAACCAGAAACUUCCUCACCGGAAAAUCCAAUCUUCUCGCCGACCGAUUCCUCACCGGAAAAGCCAAUCUUCUCGCCCACCGACUCCUUCAGCCACAGCACCGAAACCCUAGAUCAACCUCCGACGCCGUGGAUCGACUACGCGAUUGCGCAGGCUCGGGUUUACCAGAAGAACAUCGAAGAGACCCUAAACUCCGCCCUCGAAGCUUCUCGAUCACGCCUCUCGCAGUUUCGCGCCACCGGCUCUGCUCAUUUGAGCCAAACCAUUGACUUAGUGGAAGAUGUCAAGACUAACUAUGCUGAUUAUGAGAAUACUUUUCUUGCGAAGAUUAGAGAGGGUGCUUCUGUUGCGGCUUCACAUCCAUUGAUUACUGGUGGAGUUGCUACUGCUUUGGGGCUUGUGGUUCUAAAAGGACCACGACGCUUCUUGUACUACAAAAGCUUGCGACUUUUAAUGAGUGAGGAGUCCUUACUUAACAGAGCUCAUAUUGAAGUGAAGGAGUUGCGACAUGCAAUUGACGUUCUAAAGGCUGAAAGUCAAAAAUUAGAGAUCAGAGCAGCAAAUGCCGAAAAUGAAUUCAUACAGGGGAGGAAAAAACUCAGAUACGCCGGGCAACAAAUCCAAAGUGCGAUUGGAACCGGAUAUAAGAUCGAAAGACAAGCAAGGGGUUUAAAAGAUAUUAUAAGAGAACUUCCUAGAAGAGAAGCAUCUCUGUUCCGUGAUCGAGUUACAAAUUUGGUUGAUGAGGCGAAGCAAGAAAGGAAAGCCUUGUCAAAGGAGGUCAGAAAAAUUAGCAAUUAUGGGAUCUCAGUCUGAAAAUUCUUUGAAACAUUUCCUCAUUUAGAAAAAGAUAAACCUGAACCAAGUAUCAAUAAUUGAACCAAAUUCAGUACUUGGAAAAUUUUGUUCAUAGGUUUUGUCGAAAGCAAGUUCACUUAAGAACAGAGUUCUCGGUCUGAUUAUUCACUCCUGACAGGAGAUAGACCUUACAGUGAAUGAGUUCUGUGAUAUGUUCCCGCCUGUGGUCAUUAGCUGCAGAAUUCCUUACCGUUGCUCAAUAUUCUCAUUUAUACUUUUGACUGGUGAUUAUCUCCCUACUAUUACUAAAUUACUUUCAGA